UGCUUGCACUGAGCUCCGUGUACAGGGCCACACUGUGUCUAACCGUUAGCUGCUUCCUGUUCAUCCAUGGCUAACGACCGGCUCAGAGCUCUGGAGGAGGUGGAAAAGGAGAUAGCGAUGAUCCUGCAGUGUGCAGGUAAUAUCGUUCUGGAACUCUCCAAAGACAAACACAAUGCCAGCCUCCUGGACAGACAGCUGGUCCAGUUCCAGAGCUCUGUCAGCCGAGUGGAGAAUGAACUGAGUGGCCAGAUCCGCUACCUCACACAGGUAGCUACUGGGCAACCUCAUGAAGGUUCCACUUAUUCAGCCAGGAAGGAUUGUCAGAUGGCACUGAACAGAGCCGAGUAUGCCAAGGUGAAACUGGGCGAACUGGGACGGACAUGCGAAGUCAUGCUGGACCAGCAACAACAACAGCAGCAGCAGCAACAGCAACAACAGCAACAACAGACAUGAGAGCAGAGAGAGAAACUGACACUCCAUUUCACUGACUCUGUCUGACUCCUCCACUUACACCAGCAGCCUUAACAUCUUUUCAUCGAUCUUUUUUUUUAUUGUUAUUACAAAUUCUGAAUUAUUGCAGCAAGAAACACCAAAAACUAAAAAAAUAAUAAUACAAGAACUCUGAUUUUCUAAGUAGUGAUUUUUUCAAUACUGAAUAUGUUCUGUUGUUUGGUGUUCCUUUUUAGUUUCCUAUUCAUGUUCAUAGCAGACCUUUUAAUACUUUGCGUACAACUACAGAUUGAUUUGGCUCUGGAUUCUCUCACAAGGUCACAGAAUCCAACAGCACAAUUUUCUCCAACCAUCAAACCUCAGCUGUACGUUGUCAGUAACACAAAUAUUAAGUGAUGAAAGUCAAGAAUUCACAGGUACACAGGGACAAACUCUUCAGCUUUGAGCACACAUCUCAAAUAAUUGGUAUCAGUAUUAUCAGAAAGUGGACUGUUCAGGACCACACUCAGGAAGAAUGUUGUUGGUGGACAAUCUUCUUAAAAAGAAGAAAAAGUCUACGUUAGGCAGGUACAAGGUAAUAAAGAAAGGUCUUUCCCUUGCUCAACAUUAUUGUGGUUAAUGAAGAACCAUACAGCUGACCAGAAUUCACUAAACUCUCAUACAUAAAAAAAGAUCAAGUCACCCUCCAUUCGAUAGGUGGAAAGUUUAUUUUCACAAACAUAAAGAAGCUCUGUGAAAACUUGUCUAAAGCAGCGAAAUAAAGAUAUUUUAAUGACACUUAAUGACUGUUGAUUGUACACUUUAUUGAGUAAAACAACAUAAAUCAUAGUAUCUGAGUAUCUUGUAAUCAUUUUUUCUUACUGUAUUAUGCCAUCUUUAUGAAACCAUGUGGCAUUUUAAGUAUAUUUUAAAUCUUACAAAACUGUAGUAGCUUAAUCUUACAUAGUUCACAUCUCAUUGACAUUUUCAUAUUCUCAAAUCAUGAAUCUUAGAUACAAAAGCACAAACGUCUGUUUAGAAACACUACCAAACACUGACACACUUCACCCCAGCUGAGAGUGUAUUCUCUUCAGCUGAAAUAAGAUUAGUUAAAUGAUGAUUAUUAAAUAAUGAUUCAGUAUAGACAGAAUAACCCAUGCGGUUCUGGUGCUCCAGCUAACCUUUUGUCUGUGGGCCUUCACAGUGUCCCAAUUCCAGAGUACAGCCGAAUUAGAGAAAAACAGAGUGGAGCCCAAAUGAUAAAUUAGCUUAUUGCAGAUAGAUCACUACGGGUUUGUUUACUGGUCAAUUAGUACCAAGAAACAUAAUAAUAAACAUGUUUGAGGUCCAUUCCAUUCAUUUGUCCACCAAAGGACUGACAAGUUGUAUACCUUGGUUAGAAAUUCUUAAUUUAACCAAAUUUAAUGAAACAUGUUGUUGUUAAAACGUAAUAGCAUUUUACAUAUGAUUUUCUAUUUUUACCCUCAAAUAUAGAAGAAUCAUUUCUGUGACUAUAGUGCUGUCACUGAAUAAUAGUGUAUUUUGUAUAGAUACACUAAAGAAGGUUAGACCUAGAUCCAAACUACUGUUGGCUGUGCAACAGACAUUUAAAAUGAGUGUGUCUGAUGGGAUGGUUGAUGUGCCUCACACACAAUUUCAGACAUUGAUUAACCAAAACGAAACAACAAUUACAGAACUAAUAAUAACUAACAAAAAGUAAAAACAGAUACUGUCGCCGUCUAACUUGUACUGUUCUAAAUAUAAAAAUACCUUUGAUUUAUUUUAUUAGAAAGACGUUAAGAGCAAUCAAUC